GCGGGGGGCGGCUGGGCUGGCCCCCGCCGAGCCCGGUGCCAGCUCGCUGUCUCUGGGCUGCGGUGGGCCUCGCUGAGGUGGUGCCUUCACCCGCCUUCCCGACAGCCCCCAGCUCCCUCCGCCCGCCGAGGCCUCGUGACAUCUCUUCUGUCUUUUCUGCAGAGGUUUUUCCAGGACACGAUUAUGAGUGAUCAAAUCCAGUUCAUUGUUGAGAAGCUCAAUCAGGAGCCCUUCAGGAAGAACUACAAUUUAAUCACGUUUGACUCCUUGGAGUCAAUGCAGCUGUUGCAGCUGCUCAAUGAUGUUCUGGGGGAGAUUGACCCAAAGCAUGCUGUUGACAUUAGAGAGGAGCUGCCAGAACAAACAGCUAAAAGAAUGUUGAGUCUUCUUGGUAUCCUUAAAUACAAACCUCCAGGAAGUGUAUCAGACUUGAGUGCAUUUCGCCAAGGGUUAGUUACUGGAAGCAAACCUGUAAUUCAUCCUGUCUUACAUUGGCUUCUUCAGAGGACCAAUGAACUCAAGAAAAGAGCUUACCUGGCACGUUUCUUAGUAAAAUUGGAAGUGCCAGCGGAAUUCCUACAGGAUGAUACUGUGGCUGACAUCAACAAACAGUAUGAAGAACUGAUGGAAGCAUUUAAAAACCUACAUAAGGAGUGUGAGCAGCUCAAAACAUCUGGUUUAUCUACUGCAGAAAUAAGAAGGGACAUCAGUGCAAUGGAAGAGGAGAAGGAUCAACUCAUCAAAAGAGUAGAGCGCCUUAAGAAGAGGGUGGAGACAGUACAAAAUCAUCAACGAAUGCUUGAAAUAGCAAGACAGCUUCGCUUAGAAAAAGAGAGAGAAGAAUCUUUGGCUCAACAGAAACAAGAACAAAAAAAUCAGUUGUUCCACGCAGAGCAGAGACUGCAAAGAGCACAGCUUCAGCUGAAAGAGAUGCAUCAUGCAGUAGUGGAUUCAAAACCUGAAAGUUUAAUGAAGAAACUAGAAGAGGAGAUAAAUUUCAAUUCAUACUUGGUUACUGAAAAAAUACCUAGAGAGCUUGAAAGUAAGAAGAAUUCAACAUAUUUCCUACAAAAGGUGGUUGCAGAGCCAGCUAUGAGUCAAUCUGAUCUCAAUGCACUUGAAACCAAGAUAAAUGAAGUGAACGCACAAAUUAAUCAGCUUAUUGAGAAAAGAAUGAUGAAGUAUGAGCCAAUUGAUAGUAAAUUUUCUAUGUAUCGCCAACAGGCAUCUAUAAUUUCCCGGAAAAAGGAAGCCAAGGCAGAAGAACUUCAGGCUGCUAAGGAAGAGAUGGCCAGCGCUGAAAGGCAGAUGCUGCAGAAGACCAAUCAGGCCCAUGAGUUAGAAGGCUCUGAAGUUCUGAAAGGGGAUGAGUUUAAACACUAUGUUAAUAAGCUCCGGAGCAAGAACACAUUUUAUAAAAAGAAGCGACUGGAAAUAGCAGAAAUUACAGCUGAGUAUGGUAUCCUCCAGAGGACAGAAGAACUUCUAAAACAGCGCCACGAGGCUAUUCAGCAGCAGUUGCAAGCUAUUGAAGACAAGAAAGGUAUUUCUGGAUAUAGUUACACCCAGGAGGAGCUGGAAAGAGUAUCUGCAGUAAAGAGUGAAAUGGAUGAAAAGAAAGGCCGGACACUAGAUAACAUGUCUGAAAUGGUAAAAAAACUUAACAUUAUGGUGGCAGAGAAGAAGGCAAGCCUAGCUCCUGUUAUCAAAGAACUGAGGCAGUUGCGUCAAAAGUGCCAGGAAUUAACUCAAGAAUGUGAUGAAAAAAAAAUCCAAUACGACAGUUGUGCAGCAGGGUUAGAGAGCAAUCGCUCUACACUGGAACAGGAAGUGAAAGGACUUCUUGAGGAGUGUGUUCAGGAAGAAAGCAACUACCAUUAUAUUAACUGCAUGAAAAGGAAUCUAGAAAUACAGCUGCAGCGUGCUAAAGAAGAAAUGAAGGCAUACGUCUCCCCAGAUCCACAGGAGAGACGGAAGGCAAUUCGAGAACAGUAUACACGGAUGAUCCUUGAACAAGAAAACCUUGGGAAGAAAUUACGAGAGAAGCAGAAAGUUGUACGGGAAAGUCAUGGGCCAAACAUGAAGCAAAUUAAAAUGUGGCAGGAUUUUGAGCAGUUAAUGGAAUGUAAGAGAGAAUGUUUUCUGAAACAACAAAAUCAAACUGCCAUUGGUCAAGUCAUUCAGGAAGGAGGUAAAGAUAGGCUUGUAUUAUGAAUUCUUCCUUCUUGAUACCAACAUAAAGUAGGAAGACAGCGUGUUGGCUUCUUAAAGGUAACCUCUUACUAAAUAUUGCUGCUUUCGUCAUUUCUACAUAAAUUUGUUGUACAUUAUUUGGUUUUGGUGGAUAAACAAAGAGCACAACUAACCACUCUACGAAGCUUUUCCUCCAUUGUUUAAGUGACAACAUAACGCGGUUGGGAAGAUCUGUUACGAGAGCUGCACUAGGGUGAACCUCAUCGUAAAUCUUUGUUUUAUGAGGCUGGGAAUGGCAUGCAUCUGCAGAGAGAUCAAAGGAAAAGAAAUCCUUCUCCAGGGUCACAGAAAACUUAUGUAAUUGCUCUGCUCCUUAUUCUGUAUCAUCUAAGGUUACAUUUUUGCAAGGCCUGGGACUUGAUAUUGUAUAAUUGUGGACCUCCUGGCUUGGCCCUCUCCUUCCCUAUUGUCUUUAUUCAUCUAGUGUGACUGGCAAGAAUGGAGCCAUUUUCGCUCUGAGCUGCACAGACCUUGCCUGCACACUCCUAGUCAUACUUUCCUUGCACGGUUGAAUUAAACUGAUUGUGCUUCCAGGAGACAGUUCAUUGCUACAGUGUCAGGAGUAGGUUCAGAGAACAAUUACUUGGAUUCUGAACUUUUUCCAGUAUCUUUUGUUGUUGUUUUUAACAAAUAUAUUUUUCUUGCACAUAUACCGUCUUCUAAUUUUGCUGAGUUGCCCACAUGAAAGUGUAAAUGGUGGUUGACUAACGGCUUUCUCCACUGAGGACAUUUUGUGCUGUUUUGUCUGUGCAGUGUGGUUCAAAAGUGAUUACGCUACCCAAAGAGGAUCAUCCCAGGGAUGGAGGGUUAUUGAUGGAUGUAAAUAUGGCACAGGGGUUUGUGCAUAUAUUAGGGCAUGCAAAACAGGUAAAUAGGCAAGGCUGCUGUGUACUCUGGCUUUGAUCUGUGAGCUACAGGCAACUGUCACUGCCCUUAAAAUUGCAUCAUGAGACCCACAGCUGACCCGGUGUAAGAGGAAAGUAGGUGAGGCUUGAAACUGUCCCUCACGCUUCAUCGUCUCGGAUGAGCGCCUCUUAGCCACAAUCAAAGAUCAGAAGCAGAGAGAUAAGUCUGCGGGACCAGAACUCUUGCUAUUCUUCUUUAGUCUCUUGGCUUAUUGAAUUUCUAGAUAGGGUUGGGGGUUUUUUUUUGGUUUUUCCUGCCUGAAGUCGAAUGUCUUUUCAGGACAUAAAAAAUAAUUUUGCUUUCUCUGGUACCUAACUAUGAGAUCUUCUGCUGUUUUCUAUAUUAAGAGAGAGUAUGGUAAUUAUAUAUCAUUCCUAGUUUGCCUUUGCAUUAAAUGUAUUUGUUAACAGAACUAAAAUUAAAUCUGAUGACU